CCUCCCCGAGGCAGCGACGCACCGACGGGCAUCGGGCAAGUUCUCCCUCGCCUUCCUGCCCUUGGAUCUACUCGCUUCCGCCACUCCUCCUUUCCCCUGGUGGGAAGCGUGGCUGAUCAGCGCCCGCAGGAUGUCCGCGGUGGCUUACAUGGACUUCGUGGCUGCCCAGUGCUUGGUGUCCAUUUCCAACCGCUCCGUGGCACAGCCAGACGUGACCCGGGAAGCGGAGCUGCUGAAGAUGCCUGAGGAAGAAGAGGACGAAGCCGCCGCCGCCGCCGCCGUGACCAAGGAGAUGAACGACCCCAGGGACGCCUGGAAGGAUUAUUGCACUUUGGUGACCAUUGCCAAAAGCUUGUUGGACCUGAACAAAUACCGACCCCUGCCGACCCCCUCCAUCUGCAGUGACAGCGUGGAGAGCCCCGACGAGGAUGCGGGAUCAGACAGCGACGUGACCACCGAAUCCGGGUCGAGCCCUUCGCACAGCCCCGCCGAGGGGCAGGAGGCGGGCAGCGGGUCCGACCCGCUCUCGCUGCUGCACGGCGGGGCGCCCGCCAAAGGGAAGCUGGCCACGGAAAAAAGACACAAGUGCCCCUACAGCGGAUGUGGCAAGGUCUACGGCAAAUCGUCCCAUCUGAAAGCCCACUACCGAGUGCAUACAGGUGAGCGACCGUUCCCUUGCACAUGGCCCGACUGCCUUAAAAAGUUCUCCCGCUCUGAUGAGUUGACGCGACACUACCGAACCCACACUGGGGAGAAGCAGUUCCGAUGCCCGCUCUGUGAGAAGCGGUUCAUGAGGAGCGACCACCUGACAAAGCAUGCACGUCGCCACACCGAGUUCCACCCCAGCAUGAUCAAGCGAUCUAAAAAGGCCAGCUCUGCCUCCUUUUGAAUAACAGACUACAAUGGGGGGUGGGGGGGGGUGGGGAGACGACCAUUGUCGAGAAAGGCAUAACUGAUCAGCACAAAUACGUCUGCCAGUGUACAGAAAUAUUCCCCUACUUGCAUUUUUAAAGCACAUGUAGCUGGAAGAUUAACAUUAUUGUCCUCUCCACCCUGCUAUGCUACCAACAACAGUCUUAAAUCAGUCACUGCUGGGUGGGCAUUGGGGGGGGGGGAUCAGCAGAAAUAAUGCAACUUUUCUUUUUGUAGUUUAAAUAAUUGACACUGGUGUAUAUAUGUCUGACUGGUGGUUUGACCUGUGACACCACAGUAGUGAUUCCAAGCUCUUUGUGAUUGCUGUGUCAUGGGCAUGUUUUGUUGACUAAUGUAAUGCUGCUUGUAUUUAAAUGAAAACAAAAACGACAAAAAAAGUUUAGUACAACCACUUUCCAGCUCACUUAAGUAUUUUUCAAGUAAAGGAAAAAGAACAGAAACCCAACUCCAUAGCACAUGUUUUAGAAGACGAUUGACUUAUCUCUGUGUGUGUCUCUCUCAAUGGUCCACCCUGUUCAAGACUGUUAAGAAAAAAACAUUACAUCUGUUGCUCUUAUUAGCUGAUUGAUGUACAAAAGAAGAGAAAAUAAGGAGGUGAAAUUUAUACUGAAGAACUGUUCUGUAUAACCAGGUCUUUUUUUUUUUAAGAGAGCUACACUUUUGAUUAUAUGUUGCUCUUUUUGUGUGAAAUCAUGCAUACAAACCAAUGACUAAGCAAAAAGGAAAGCAAGAUAUAAGCUUGUAUCAUGUGUUUCUGUGGCUCUGCUCUUCAUUUGCCAUUUGGGUAUAUUUGUGAAAAAGUCACUGUAGAGAAUGUGGGAGAGGUAUGAGACCAACAGCAGUGCCCCUACUUCUAGCCGACUUUCAUCUGAAAACGAUGUACCGUACUGUACUCUAUAAAUACCACUAACAGUGCUUUAUUCUGCUGCGGUUCAUUGGAAUGGAUGCAUAAGCAGCAGCUACCAUCCUUAUAAGCUACCACUUUUGUAAAGGUUUUCUCCUUACGACUCCCUCUCUCUGAAAGGUGCAUUCUCUUCAUCCAGUUGCCAGGUUCCUGUCAGCCAGUGGGAACUGUGUGCAUUUCUGGAGGGAACAAAACUCCCCCCCUCUCCUUACACAACAUUCUCUAUGCUAACAGAUACAAGACAAUGAAGACUCGUUGGUUUUUUUUAAAACCACUUUCCAAGAGACUUCUACCUUUUCAUAAAUUGCAGCUGUUGUACAGAAUAUGGGAAGAAAACAACCAACCAACCAACCAACCAACCAACAACGAGGUAAUUAAACCUACCACACAGGACAUGAACUCUGCCACUAUGUACCUUGUGAUCUUACCCUGUGUGUUAGGCUUGAUACAUUGAAUGAUUAUGGCAAUAUUUCGUCCGUUAAUGCUAAGGCUUGCUCUUUGAAAACAGGAGUGAAAGCAUCCUUGGGAGAACCCCUUGCAUCUAGCCAAGCCGCCAUCUUCAUCAAUGUUAAAGCAUGAACUUUCCCUCCCCCAUCUCUUGUAAUGGUGGAGAAUUAUGUUUACAGACUUUCUCCUGCUACCCAGAAACAUUCUACUGGUUCUAUGUUCUUUACUCCUCCUUCGCAAGGAGAGAGAGGUGCAACUGUAUAAUCUAGGGCCAGAUUCAUCCCUGACAUAAUCGCCCUGCAGCCAGUGGAAUUAUAUUCUUUGUAAAGAAUCUGUACAUACAACUCUUGUAAAGUACACCUGCAAUGGCAGAAUCUUCUUGUUUCACCUGAUAAAAAGCUAGCUUCCUAGAAAAAAAUAAAAAUAAACAUCUCAGAGAGUAGAGUAUUCUACAAUCGUCCGUGGCUUCCAGCACUUAGAACUCAGUAUGCAUCUAGCAUUUUUAACCUAUGUGGUUCAUUAUA